AUGGGUUCUUCCGGGACCUUCGAGCUCGCUGGCCAGCAUUUUCCCCGGGUGACAUGGUACAAGGAUCCUGGUAUGAGGAAAACGUACAUUUGCCUCAUGUUUGUCGUAUUGACUUCCGCAACGAACGGCUACGAUGGGUCGAUGAUGAAUGGUCUUCAGACCCUGUACUACUGGAAAGACUACUUCCAUAACCCCGGUGGCUCAAAGCUUGGCAUCCUGAGUGCGAUCAUGUCCCUGGGCUCAUUGGCGGCGCUGCCUGCGGUGCCCUACACAGCGGAUUACCUUGGCCGGCGGAUGGGAGUUCUCAUCGGCUGCCUCAUCAUGAUCUUGGGCGUCGUCUUGCAGGCCAUCAGUGCCAACUAUGGCAUGUUCCUGGCAGCUCGGUUCUUGAUCGGGUUCGGAGUCGCCAUCGCGCAUGGUGCUUCACCCUUGCUGAUCACGGAGCUUGUACAUACCCAACAUCGUGCCGUCUUUACCACGAUCUACAACACGACAUGGUACGUGGGCGCCAUUAUUGCCGCGUGGCUCACCUUCGGCACGAACAAUAUUCAAAACAACUGGUCCUGGCGGGCUCCCACGAUCGUCCAGGCUGCUCCAUCCAUCCUGCAGAUCAUCUUCAUCUGGUUUGUCCCGGAGUCCCCCCGGUUCCUGAUCUACAAGGGCAAACAUGAGCAGGCCCUGAAGGUCCUGGCGGACUGCCAUGCCAACGGCAACCAGGAGGACGAAGUCGUCCAGCUGGAGAUGCACGAGAUCAAAGAGACCAUCCGACUGGAGAAGGAGUACGAAAGCAACAGCUGGAUGGAAUUGAUCCGGACCAAAGGAAACCGUCACCGCGUGAUCAUCUUGAUCACUGCGGGCUUAUUCUCGCAGUGGUCCGGCAACGGGUUGGUCUCGUACUACAUUGCGAAGAUCCUGACCUCCAUCGGAUAUACCAAGUCCGUCGAGCAGAAUCUGAUCAACGGCUGCCUCCAGAUCUUGAACUUCAUUGUCGCUCUCUCGAUGUGCUUUGUUGUGGACAAGGUCGGCCGGCGCCGGCUUUUCGUGAUCUCCACGAGUGGCAUGUUGGUCGCAUUUAUCAUCUGGACUAUUUGCUCGGCGCGGUAUGAGAUUGCUCAUAACCACGGGGCUGCCAACGCCGUCGUGGCGAUGAUCUACAUCUACUAUGUCUUCUACAAUGUCGCCUGGUCUGGCCUACUGGUUGGCUACACGGUGGAAAUUCUUCCCUAUAGUAUCCGCGCUAAGGGCAUGACAGUGAUGUGGUUCUGCAUCGAUGCUGCACUCUUCUUCAACCAAUACAUCAACCCCAUUGCCAUGGACAACCUGGGCUGGAAGUACUACAUCUUCUACUGCGUCUGGCUCGGGGUCGAGUUGACGGUCGUCUGGUUUUUCUACAUUGAGACCCGUAACACCCCCCUGGAGGAGAUCGCGAAGCACUUCGAUGGUGACCAGGCGGUGCCCCCAAAACUCACCAAGAGCGCCAAAAAGGCCCUGAUCGUCUCGCACCUCCGCGCCAGCGGCACCUGCCACACGCUGAAGGACCUCGAGAAGUCCCUGCCGACGGUGGCCUCGAUCAACGCGAUCCAAGUGAAGGAGUUCCUGCAGGAGCUGGCGGACGAGAAUGAGAUCCGCAUGGAGAAGAUCGGGAGUUUGAACUGGUACUGGUGUUUCGCGGGGGAGGCGAAGCGCGAGCGCGAGAAUCGGUUGCGUGCGGUGCAAGCAGAGGUGGAACUCGUGGGGAAGGAGGUGAGUGAGUUGGAGGCGUUGGUGAGGGAGAGAAAGGCUGCGGAGGAGAGGGAGAGGGUGGAGGAUGAGAGAGUGAGGGAGAGGGAGGCGGAUGGUGGUGGUGGUGGUGGUGGUGAGGAUUAUGAUAGGGAACAGGAGAGGGAGCGGCUAAUGCUACGGAAAGUGGAGUUGCAGGAGGAGAUUCGUCAUCUGCAGGGGAAGGUGACGGCGGUUUCGGGAUCCAGUGGUGGUGGUGUCGGUGUCGAGGAGAAAAGCUUGUCGUGCGUGGUGGAGGAGACGGAGGAGUUUCGGCGUCAGGCGCUGAUGUGGACGGAGAAUAUCUAUGUGCUGGAAGGGUUUGUCGAUCGGCUGACCGGCGGGGAUCGGGAGGUGUUACGGGCGCUGCAGCGCGAAUGUUAUGGGGAGGAGGAGUAUGUGGAGGGGGAGGGGUUGCGGGAGAUCUUUGAUUGA